AUGAUAAGAGAAAUACAAUCUCAACAUAUUCUACAAGCAUUAGAACUAGGAGAAAUUGAAAGUGGGCAAGGUUUAAACCAAGAACAUGGCUUAGGUAGGCCUGGUGAUACUAGGUGGGGAUCACAUUACAAAACUGUUUCAAAUGUUACCGCAUUGUAUGCUACUAUUGUUAAAGUUCUUGAGAAGAUUGGAUCAAAUAAGAUUUAUAAGGAUGAUCGCGUGAAGGCUAUCACUGUCAUGUCUACAUUUGAAUCAUUUGAAUUUGUAUUUAUGAUACAUUUGAUGUCCGAAAUAUUUGGGAUUACUGAUAAAUUGUGUCAAGCUCUGCAAAAGGGGGACCAAGAUAUUGUUAAUGCCAUGACAUAUGUUAAAUUGACUAAGGAGGGAUUACAACAAAUGAGGGACCAUGGGUGGGAAGACUUUUUACAUCUUGUGGUUUGUUUUUGUGUUAAACAUGAUGUAGAAGUUCCUACUAUGGAUGAUAUGUAUGUUCCUCGUGGAAGGUCAAGACGCUUCUUUGCCAAAGUUUCAAAUCUUCAUCGAUUUCGGGUAGAAAUGUUUAUAAGUGUCAUUGAUUUACAACUCCAAGAGCUCAAUAGUAGAUUUGAUGAAGAAAAUACGGAGUUACUUAUUUGUGUGUCAUGCUUAAACCCGAUCAAUUCAUUUGCGGCAUUUGAUAUGCAAAAGUUGUUGAGACUUGCUGAGUUAUAUCCCAAAGAGUUUCCAACUAAUGAUAUGACGAUGACUGCACUUCGUCAUGAGCUUCAAUUUUAUAUUAAUGAUGUGCGCCAAGAUGCAAGGUUUGGAGACUUGAAGGGUAUUCAUGAGCUUUCUAUGAUGCUUGUUGAAACAAAUAAGCAUACUACUUACAACUUAGUUUACUUGCUUAUAAGACUAGCAUUGAUCCUUCCGGUUGCAACUGCAAGCGUGGAACGAGUGUUUUCCUCAAUGACAUACGUAAAAAAUAAGUUGCGAAAUAGUAUGGGUGAUCAACUAUUGAAUGAUAAUUUAGUCACUUUUCUUGAAAGAGAUUUAUUUUCAAGAGUUAGUGAUGAUGAUGUAUUGGAACGCUUCCAAAGUAUGAAGACUCGAAGAAUGCUUCUGUAG